AUGGCGCCUUUGACGCGACUUUUUGCCCUUUCGGCUUCGGUGGCGGUUUCUACUGCGCUGACGAUUGCGGAGAUUAAUGGAAACAAGUUUCUCUCGCCAUACAGAGAUCAGACGGUUUCGAACGUUACUGGUGUUGUUACGGCGAAGGGACCCGAUGGUCUUUGGUUGCGAUCGACACAGCCUGACCGCGACGAUCGGACAUCCGAGUCUGUAUACGUUUUUGGUCGCACGUUCGGUACGAACCUGACGGUUGGCGAUACUGUUGUUGUGGGAGGCAAGGUGGUGGAGUACCGCUCGAACAAGGACUACAUCUACCUGACCCAGCUCUCGACACCAGUAUUGCAGGGGCGACUCAGCUCGGGUGCUGCCGUAAAGCCGCUGAUUAUCGGAAAAGACACCCGCGACCCUCCAAAUGAGCAAUACAGCAGUCUGGAUGGCGGAGAUGUAUUCGCUGUGCCAAACAACGUGUCGCAGAUUAGCGUUGCGAACCCGGAGCUGCAGCCAAAGAAGUACGGUCUUGACUUCUGGGAGAGCUUGACCGGUGAAUUGGUCACUGUCAAGAAGCCUACUGCGCUCACCAAGCCCAACCAGUACGGCGACACCUGGGUAGCUGGAGACUGGAAGGUUUCUGGUCGCAAUGACCGUGGUGGAUUGACCUUGACUGACAAGGAUGCCAACCCAGAGGCCAUCGUUAUCGGAACUCCUCUCGACGGAACCAAGAACCCCACUGGCACCAAGAUGGGCGAUUCAGUCCAGGAGAUUACUGGCAUCGUCAGCUACGCUUUUGGCUUCUACCGCAUCCUCCCUACUACCGCUAUCAAGGUUACUAAGAGCCAGACGCCUGCUCUUCCUCCUGCGACCAAGCUUGUAUCGAGCGGCAAGUGCGAUGGCAUUACCUUUGGCGACUACAAUGUCGAGAACCUUGCGCCUACAUCUGACCACCACCCUGACCUUGCCAAUCACAUCGUGAACUACAUGAAGAGCCCGGAUAUUCUCUUCAUUCAGGAGGUACAGGACGACAAUGGUCCCACCAACGACGCAGUCGUAUCCGCAAACCUUACCCUCAGCACACUCACAGCUGCCAUCUCAGCAGCCGGUGGCCCAAACUACACAUUCACCGACAUUGUGCCUGUUGACGAUCAAGACGGUGGCCAGCCCGGUGGUAACAUCCGCGUCGCCUACCUGUACAAGCCGAACCUGAUUCGCCUCUACAAGCCCAACCCGGGCGGUCCGCUCGAUGCCAACGAAGUGCUUGCUGGCCCGACAUUGAAGUACAACCCUGGACGUAUCGAACCGGCAAAUGACGCCUGGACAGCGAGCCGAAAGCCGUUGGCUGCACAGUGGGAGGUCAUCGGAAAGGCCGGCGCGAAGAAGCCGAAUGUGUUCUUUACGGUCAAUGUGCACUUUGGCUCAAAGGGAGGAUCAAGCAGUUUGCAUGGAGAUGCUCGACCACCAGUCAAUGGUGGCGUAGAUGAUCGUCUCGAACAGGCGCGUCUCACCGCGAAUUUCGUCAAGGAUAUCCUUUCCAAGGACAAGAACGCCCGCGUCGUGACUGCAGGGGACUUUAACGAGUUUGCCUUCGUGCAACCCCUCGAAGAGUACACCAAGAUCUCAGGGCUCAAGGAUCUGGACGAGGUAGUCCGCGAGGACGAGCUCGAGCGCUACACCUAUCUCUUCGACAUGAACGCUCAGGAACUGGACCACAUGUUCGUCUCGCCGUCCUUGGCCAAGAAGAGCAGGGCAGACUUUGAGCACAUUCAUGUUAAUACAUGGCCUGAGUAUGAUGCGCAAGUCAGCGACCACGACCCAUCGGUAGCGAGACUGGACGUCUGCGCUUAG